AUAAUAAUAAUAAUAACAAUAAUAUAACAGGGUUGGUUUCACAUGCUGUAUAUAUAUAUUCUCUAUUCAACGACGCAUAUACACAUAGAUUUAAUACAAGAUAUCCACACACUAAAGAGAUACAGAGUGUGUGUUUGUAUGCGUGCGUGCAGUGAAGUCAGUAAAGUCCAGUGUGUGAGUGAUUGAGUGAGUGAAGCAUCAACUACCGGAACUACUAAAACUACGUUGAUUCGUGUUCGUGUCUGUGUGUCCGUGUGUGCUCCUGUGCGUUUAUGUGAGUGUGCGUAAGUGAGCGCACGCAUCAUUUCUUUACUACGGUUAUCACGAAAAACACAACUGCGACAACAACGACGAGGCUUUCAAAUCCCUACUCCAAGUACAUUUCAACGGACAAUUAUAAUACCUACCUAAAAUAAACUCUUUUAUUAUUAUUAUUAUUUAUUGUCUAUCUAUUUUGAUGUAAUGUUGGUCUACUUCAAGGAAAGGUGAUCCGUUGAACCCUAUUUCACAUGUCAAUACAACAGUUCUCUUCUUGAUAUAUCAUCUGUGGAAUAUAUACGUGUACAUUUCAUUGUGACUGCAAUCCAACUAACUGACUCAAUUGACUAACCUAACUUAUUAAUUAACCUGAAAGCUAACUGACUCAUUCAUCAUUAUCAAGUUUUCAUCAAAAAUUAAUCAAUAAUUGUGUAAUCCCUUGCCCUUAGUGUUAUUUAAUUGUGGAUAUCAUUUAUCGUCCAAUUGUUUUACUCAUUGGCAAGCAAUAGAGAGCUGUGUGGGUGUGCAGUGAUCCAGUUCUCAUAUUCAGAUCAUUGUGAAUUAUUUGAGAAUAAACCCGGUGUGGAGAGUUUUUAUUUCAUUUGAUUGUUUAAAAAUCGAUUGAUUUAUUUACAUAUACAUAUAUAUAUUAAACACACAUGAUGGAUGUAAGCGGUACUGAUCCCCGAACACGAACAGGAUUAUUUCUCUGGCCAUGGGCAAGUUAUCCAGCUGUUGCAGCGAAUGCAGCAGUUGGUGCAGCCCACGCACAACCAAUUAUGAUGGGUGCAAGUGCUGCAACGAAUGCAACAGCAAUGAAUGCCACUGUUCCCGGUUCAAAUAUGUUAGGUGUAUCACAUCCAGCGGCAGCAGCAGCCGCCGCUGCAGCCACAGCAGGUAAUCCUGGAUCAACAACACUACCUGGUAUGAUUGAAGAUCCAUUUGAAAGUUUUUGUCAACGAUUCUCGUAUUCUGGUGCAGCACAUGCAGCGCAUAUGUCUCACAUAUUACCACAUCAACAUGUUGGCUUGAAUGAUACUACACGUCAUCUAGCGCAACAAGAUCAUGAAGCGGGUGAAAGUGAGACCAGUCGUCAUUUAAAUCAUUCCCCAUCGAUGAUUAAUCAUGCUCGUGCACAUAUUACAUCAUCACAACGUUUAUUAGCUGGUCAACCUCGUGGAGGUGGUGGUGUUACUGGCAACAACAACAACGGCGCUAACCAUAUCCACUCACAUACGACUAAUAAUACAAAUGGGCACAACGAUCAGUUAAGUGAUACCUGUAAUACUACUAAUAAUCAUAAUAAUAAUUCUACGCAUGCUGCAGCGAUUGCUGCUUUCGCCUCUGCUGCAGCAAGUUCUGCUAUCAUGGGAGCUAAUGAAAGCAAUAUAGGCCAUUCAAAUGGUCUAGCCUUACCACACGGGAUACAAGUACCACGUCACGUUCAACAAGGUCUACGUAAUCCUGGAGCCAAUGAUAUGGUCCUUGAUGGUCUGUGUAAUGGUUUUGCAAAGCCUAGUCAAUUUUCUAGUGUUACAAAUGCAUUGAAUAGGCAGCAGUCGGCAGCGGCAGCCGCGGCGUUAUCCCCAAGACAGAUUACUUCAAUGAAUUGUGGCAAACUUCAGGCGGAUUCCAUCACUUCGUAUAAUUUACACUGUCAUCAUUUCAAGAGUUUAGGGAAUCCAGCAGCAGUAGCAUUGGCAGCCGCCGCGGUAGUUGGCGGUGGAGGUGGAGGUGCUUGUGGCGGUGGAGGAGUUCCAAAUGCUGGAGAUCAUUUACACUUUCCGUCAGCGUUGAACAAUGAACUACGGGAGAAUAUGACACCGACAAAUAAUAAUAAUAAACAGCAUGUUGAUGAAACGAACUCAUCUGGGAAUACUAAUAAUAACGGGAACUCUGGCGGUACAAGAGGAUCACAUUCAUCAAAUAAUAAUGACAAUUACUCCCUGGCUCAUGGGCAGCAAACACAACAGCAACAGUAUAUCUUUUCACCAAAAAGUCCCCUAUCAGAUUCUCUUGAAAAUACAGUGGAAACAGAUCGUCUAACAGGGAAAUCUUCGACAAGAUCACGUGGUGACAACAAUAUUGAAAAUAAAACAAUGGUCAACCGAUUACUUUCAUCAAUGCCACAACAAGCUGAUCGAUUAAAUAAUUUAAUUUUUAGAAAUACUAAUUUAAGAGGUGUUGAAUGUUCACCAGAUUCAUCAGUCAAUGGAACAGGUCGACGAUCAACAGAUCUACUUAUGGAAGAUCCAUUGACAACUCCAAGAGAAGAUAAUAAUGGAAAUAAUAAUAAUACCACAAAUAACAAUAGUAAUAAUAAUGGUAAUAAUAGUGGUAGCAGUAAUAACAGUCGUGUAGAAUCACGAUUCCUUGGAAUUAAUCAAGAUGAUGGUAUAUCAAUUAAUGGUCUGUGUAAUGGUGAAAAUGGUCUCUCGUCUAUCCUCGGCUCAACUCUUCCAAGUACUGGGCACAACACAACAACCUCAUAUCAUCAUCCACCGGCGAAAGGAUACAAGUGUAAAAUUUGUCAACAUGUAUGUUUUUCACGUCAUGAUUUGUCAGCGCACAAUGCUGCAACGCAUAAGCAAGAUCCACGACCAUAUCGAUGUGAACAGUGUGGACGACAAUUUUCAACUUGUGCCUAUCUCUCCCAGCAUAGACGUAUACACACCGGUGUUAAACCUUAUGCAUGUCGGUAUUGUGAUCGUCGAUUCACCCAACUCAGUCAUGUACAACAACAUGAAAGGAUACAUACAGGAGAAAAGCCUUAUCGGUGUACAACAUGUAUGAAAAGUUUUACACAAAUGUCUAAUUUACAAUCCCAUCAACGUCAACAUAUGAAAGGCAAACCAUUUCGUUGUGAGCAAUGCUUUAUGUCAUUUGAUACAAAAGAAGAAUUGGAUGUUCAUGUACAAGCAAAGCAUUCGGGUAACCGAUAUGCUAAGGUGAGUAAAAAAGUCCUAGUAUGUCCUAUCUGCACAAAAUCUUAUAAUUCAGAAACCUAUCUAGCUAAACAUGUUGAUCGGCAUAAAGAGGCGGCGGCUACAGCUGGUGCUGAUGGCAAUGGCUCCAAUACGCGGGGCAAUAACAGUCACAAUAGUAAUAACAACAGCAACAACAACAACAAUAACAAUAAUACUACUAAUAACACUAACAGUAGUAGUAAUAAUAAUAAUACUAGUGUGAUAAAUCUGAGAAAUCAAACCUGUAUGGAUAAUAUAUUCGCUGCUGGAUUUCAUAAUCAUUCAGUUGCUAUGGCUGCUGCAGCCGCCUCAGCACUUACUCGUGGUGGACAGGUUAUCGAUUCGAAUGCUGCAGCAGCUGUUACACAUAUGGGUGGUCUUGGAGGUGUUACUACUGGUGGACGUCAUCCACAUGGAGCAGCAGCAGCAGCGGCGGCUAUGGUUGCAGCACAUGCACAUCAAGACUUGCAUUUAAGGGCUGUUGCAGCAGCAGCUGUUGCCAAUAGUAACACUAAUGCCAAUAAUAAUAAUAAUGGUAUGAAUCUUAAUAAUCAUCGUGUUGUUGGUGUUGGCGGUGAUAUUGACAAUUCAUGCGGUUUUUUUAAUUCAACAUUAAAUGAUGCAAGAAUUAAUGGGAAUAAUAAUAACAAUAAUACGAAUAAUAGUAAUAGUAAUAGUCCGAAUACAGGAUGUGACCUAUUACAUAAUAAUAAUAAUAAUAACAAUAAUAAUAAUAAUGGAAAUGGGAAUGCAUUGAAUUAUAGUUCAAUGUCUACAACAAGCGUAGGAGGAUUAUUUCAUCAUUUACCAGUAGGCGGAAUGAUUCAUGGAUCGAGUAGUGAACAUUUAACUGCAGCUGUACAACAACAACAACAACAGUGUAUUACGUCAUCACAUCGUCAUCAACAUUUUCAAGAGGAAAGCCAUCAACACAUGAAUUCAUAUGGACAUUCAAAUUUAUCCUCACCGAAUCAUCAUAAUCAAAGCCAACAACAACAACAACAACAGCUGUACGGUCAUCAACAUCACCCUCACCAUCACCAACCUCAGCAACAACUUCCUCAAGGACAACAACAUAUUCAAGUUAAUCAACGUACAAAUAACACUACUACUCUUCCGCAUUCAUCAUCUAAACGUCACUCGACAUCAAUUAAGUCAACAGCAUCGCCAUCUUCUUCAUCUUCAUCAGCGUCGUCAUCAUUAUCUCCAGGAGUAAAUGAUUCAUCACAAUGUCAACAACAUUUAUUAAAUUUAACACAGCAUCGUUUGUCUAAUUCUACUACUACUACUUCAAAGCGAAUUUGUUCCCCGUCAACUGAAUGUACCGCCAUCAGUAGUUCAUCAUCGGUAUCAUCAGUAACAAUAGCACCAACAGGGGGAAUGGUGAAUUCAACAAUGGAUCGAUAUAUUUCAACGCCUAUCACUACUUCUACUACCUCAAUCACUCCAUCACCUACAACGGGAACAACACAGUCAGUGACUGCAGUUAACGGUUCGUUAAAUAAUGAGGGUAUACAUCGACAUGCAUUACUUCCACCUCCAGCUCAUCAACAACAUUCUGUACAGUUGGGGGAAUCAAAUUCGUUAUAUAUUAACAAUAAUAAUAAUAACAAUGAUAAUCAGACUAACUGUACAACCGCUAACCACCAUCCAACUGUACAGUCAGAAACUCAACGGCAGCACACCCAUCCACACCAUCAUCAGAACCAUCAUCAAGAAGAGCAUAUACCUUUGCCUGUACAAAAUCAUUCCAGUCAAUCAUUACUAUCUAGUCAUGUUGUCGGUCAGUUGACAUCUUCACCGUGUACAUCACCAAGUCAACUGUUAAACACAACAGAUGAUAUAACUAUAGAAGCCAAUGAAUGUCAGAGAAUGAAUAUUAAGGAAGACAGUCAUGAGAAUUGUGAAAAAUGGUACAACGAUAGGCAUAACGAUAAUACUGAUGAUGUUUUAAACGCCUAUAACAACGAUAAUAAUGAAGAAGGGAAUAAAAAGAAUCCCAUCGAAAUUGACACCGAAAUCAACACCGACGCUAUCAAACACCAUCAUCCUAACAGAGGAAAAAAUCAAGAAGAACAGGAAGAAGAAGAAGAAGUUGACGACGAUGGCGGUGAGGAUGAAAAUGAGAAUGAGGAUGAUAUUAUCAUGAAUAAGACAGAUAUCAGUACACCGAAUCAUAUGUAUGAUUUUUUAUUCCAUGCCAAUUCAAACAGUAAUAAUAAUGAUGAUGAUGAUGUCGGUUUAAAGUCAACCCAACACGAGGAUGUUGAUGAAGAUCCUAAAGACCUGUUGAUUUCAUCGCAUAAAUCUUCUAGAUUUAAUCAAAACGCAAUCCUACCAAAUAGUUUAUCCCCAACAUCGACUGAUCUACUCCAGUGUAAUAAUAAUAAUAAUGGUGGAAAUAUUCUUCAUAAUCGAUCAAUAUCGUCGGCAUCAGCAUCGCUAUCUUCCUCGUCGUCGUCUUCCCCGUGUAUUGAUCCUGUGAUGACAGAUGAAAUUAAUUCAAUUGGAUUGGAAAAUAUCAAUUACACUGACAAUAAUCAUGAUAAUAAUAAUACUAAUAAUAAUCCUACGGAAUGUGAAACAAAUACCCUGUCAACGAGUAUUGGAAUUGAAUCAAUUCUUGGUGGAGGAGAUCAUCCAUUAAAAAUUCAAACAAAUAAUCAAUAUACAAUGGAUAAACUGAAAUCAAUUGAUGCGGGAAAUCUGUUUCCUAGCAACAACAACAACAACAACAAUCACAACAUAAAUCCUAAUAACACUAAUAACCGAUCAUUAAAGCGUAGUUGGUCAAAUAGAGAAUUAUUAAAUGCAUAUAAUAAUCAUGAUCCCGAUCAUCAAGAUGAUGGCAAUGAUGAUCACAGUAUUGAUCAUAAUGAUAAUAAUGAUAUACAUAAUGAUAUAGACACUGAUAGUAUUGACUGUGUGGGGAUAAGGAGCCUCAGCGACGACAAUAGCACGAUCAACGUUGGUAAUCCCCCACAAAUACCAUGAAUACUAAUCACCAUAUUAAUAAUGAUAAUGAUGACAGAAAAUCGAUAUCAGAAGAAGGAGAAGAAGAAGAUUCACAACAACAACAACAUCAAUUGAAUUCGACGUCGACGUCACCAAUAUCAGCAUCGGUAGUAGCACAACAUUUAAAUUCUGCUAAACGUCGACGUCGACAUCAGUAUGUACCACAACAUUUACCAGUAAAUCAUGGUGAUGAUGUUGAUGGAGCUGAUAAUGACUGUGUUAAAGAGGCAAUCGAUAAACGCAAAUCGAUUAUACAAUCCCCCUGGAUCAUUCACACCGUCAAAAUCGUCAUCAUCAUCAUCAUCAUCAUCAACAGUUAAUAAAUCAUCGUGGAAAGUUAUCAGCAAAUGAUAAAUAUACAAAAUCGGAUCAGUUGAAUGGAGAUGUUAAUGAAGCAUCCCCCUCCUCCUCCGUCUCCUUGUCAUCAUCGUUGAACAGUCCUCUUGACAAUGGAACUGAUCAUCUCGACGAUGAAAAUAUCCGUGACGGUGUUGUUCACAAGGCCAAAAACAAUAAUAAUCAUGUUGAUCCUAACGCUGAUGAUGUAAUCCUCACAUCAAAUGGUAUCCAGAAGGCAGAUAUCACAUCAACAAAUGAUAGACAAUGUUAUUUCUCAGCUUUUUAAGUUAAAUUUCAAAAAUCAUUGCAGUAAUAAUAACAAAUCAAAAUAUCAUUCGUAAAAAUCCUAACUGACUGAGUGAGUGUACAGUUCAAAAGGAUUUAUGCAUUCGUUUUGUUUUUUUUAAAAACACUACCACCCAUCCCAACCACUCAUCCCCUAGGUUCUCAUUUAUGUAUAUGCUCACAAACAGACACAGACAUUCAUAUUCAUCACUCUAAAUUCCUUCUUCUUUUUAUGAAUGUUUCUCAUGUCUUAUUUUCGCCUUAUUUGAAAGAGAAAAGAAACGUCUAAGUUAUUUUGAUGUGCGCAUCUAUUCAUUCAUUGCGUAAACAAAUAUCCCGGUCACAGAAAAACAAAACAUACAUACAUGUACCACCAUCGUUACAUAUACAUAUACAUAUAUUUAUUGAUUAAUCAUAAAUGACCUAUGAAUCAAUGACAUUGAGAAAACAUUGGAAUUAUUAUAUUCAUUUGACAUCUGAUUAUGUAAUUAUUAUCCGAACAAAAAGAUCAACUGCCCUAAAUGGAGUGACAUGUUUUCUUCGAAAAUAGAUUGUACUACUUAAUAAUGUAUUUAAGUAGGUAAACAAUAAAUAACACAAAAAUAAGCUUGCAGCUGGAAGUGGUGACAGACAGUGGUAGUUACCGUGGUAACCAACACGCGUACACUUGCGUACAAAUUAUGUGACUAUUUGCGUUUGUUUGUUUGUUUGUUUAUUCGUCAUCCUCAUCAUCCCAAUCAUCGUCAUUAUCUUCAUUGUGGUCAUCAAUUCACCAAGAAAUAAUAAUAAUAAUCAAUAUAAAUACAUACACAUAUUUUUGUUUCAAAGAUUCAUUAUAUUUUGAACUAGAUCAUUUGCUGAAAUCAUAAAUCAAUAAUUAAAUUAUGAUACCUCAGUCAUUCAUUGACUCACUGACUCAUUACCUGUCAUUUUUUAUUGCUAUUUUUUUCAUAAUACUACUCAAACGCAUACACACAUGCAUACAUACCUGCAUAGAUGGAUAGAUGGACGACUUAUUUACGUACAUAUAUUCACCCUCAUACAGACACACAUACACACCCAUGCGUCCACAUAUAUAAAUACCGGUAUUUCGCAUUGCAUUACUGAAACUUGACAUCAUUAUUUUUUUUUCAAAUAAAUAUUUAUAUACGCAUCAAGGUGUCUUUUGAGUAUCUUUAAUAGCUGCAUAUUUGUGAGGAGAAGGUUGCUGGGAUACUGGGAUGGAUGGAUGGAUGGGUGGGUGGGUGGGUGGUCGAUUGGGUGUUCAUGGAGUCUGAAGAAACAAAGAAAGCUACUUCAAAGUCGUCUUCUUGUUGGACGAAAUACAACAAAGAAAUAACAGACAAAGUAGAAACAGACAAGAAGAUAUUUUCAUAUUAUUUUAUUUUUAUUUUUUACAAUUCCCCUCACAUAUGCUUCUUCUUCUCCUUACUAUCUGAUGUGACUUCCUUCCCCCAUGUGACAUUUACGCUCCAGAACUAUCUCCCUCUUAGACUUGCCAUUCAUUUUUAAGAAAACAAUACUAUUAUUAUACAUACACUUAUGUACGUGUAUACAACACACAUUGAUAUUUUUAUGUCUACCGGUAAUUUUGAGAGAAGAUUUUCAAAAAAAAUUCAAAAAAAGUUGUUUUUGUGUCAAGUUUCUGUUUAUUUUUCUCUUUUGUGUGUGUGUGUGUUAUUUAUGUAACAUUUAUGUGUGUAUCAUUAAACAUCAUCCUCGUGAGCGCCAUUAUUAUCUUCGUUAUCAUCACAAACUGUCAGCAUAUCUAUGAGUUGUUUUGUUUUGUGUGGGUGUGUGGGCGUGCGUGCGUGUUGCUCAACCAUACACACACACAUACACACUCACAUAUAUGUCUGUGUGUGUGUGUUUAUCUACUCGUAAUGAUGGAAUGCAUUCAUCAUAACAAGUAUGUAUUGAUUUUCAUUCGAACUCAGAGACGAAAUGAAGAAUAUAUUUUUCCAACUUAUUUUCUGAUGUCUUUUUGUUUGUUUUGGGCCUUUUUUUCUAAAACGCCGUUUGAAACCAAACAUUGAUCGUUUACUUUUGUGUCUGUGUCCGUGUGUGUGCGUGUGCGUGCGUGUGUGUGGGCACCUGUGCUUUUGCGUGUACAUGUCACUUACUCAAACAGAUGAUGAAGUGAUCAUUGAAUCGAAUCACCUAGGCAACACUGUAUCUAAGCUGACAACGAAAGAUUGUUGUGUUCCACACACACACAAAUUACAAUGAUAUUAUUAUUACUAUUAUAUUUCUUUUGCAUGUAAGUGUAUGUGUAUUAUGUCCAGUUUAGAAUUGAUAAAAUAUUUUACUAGAUUUCAUGCUUAUUUAAGUAAUAUAUGUGUGUAUGUUCUUAAAAAACUCAUGUGUUAGAACUACCUACAUUGUUAUGUUAUUAUUAUUCCUGUCAUUGUUAUCAUUGUCAUACAUAUAUUGCUUGUAAUUGUCAUUCAUACUAUUAUUAUUAUUAUUAUUAUUAUUACUACUACUAUUAAUAUUAUUUUUUUACUCCACCCCGUCAUUAUUAUCUUCUUCGAUAACUAAGAUAUCCAAAAAAUAAUCCUCAUUUAUUUGAUUGUUUCUCAAUUUGUAUGUCUAUCUCUGUCUAUCUAUCUAUAUAUCCAUUAUUUUUAUUGAAUUGUAAUCAGUGUAUUAUUGAGAUAAUUAAUUGAUUAAAUGAACAUCAAUAAUAAUAAAAAUAUUAAAAAUAUCAAUAGUAAUCGAGAUUUUUGUAUUUGUUUCAUUUAGUCCCCUAUGUAUGUCUAUGUGUGCGUAAGUGUGUAGGUGUGCGUGCGUGUAUUCAGCUAAAGGUAGACACACACAUACACAGUAGGCACUCACACCCACGCGCAUUUGUUUGUGAGAAAAUAUAUGUACAGCUAGUGGUACAGACAUACACACACAUACACACACACGUCCACACACACAUCCACCAACACG